CCACUGAGGAUUAGGCCACCAGGCUGAGAGCAGUGAUACAGCAAGACUCUCAAGCCAUUUGUUUGACAAAGGAAUUUCUUGAGCGAUUGAACUGCAACCAGUCCAGUUAUUGGAACUGUUCCUUCUGCCGCAGUCCCUGCUCAUGCUCAUGUCCAGCCAACCUGGGACCUCGCACCUUUCAGCUGCAGCUCUGAAAAACAUGUGGGUCGUCCCAAGGAUACCUCACACAAGGGCUACACACACAAAAUACACUGUGAAUGCUGGUUUUUAAUUUGUUCUACUAAGCACAGAAUAAAAAGAAUAUUAAAUUAAUUGAUAAACUACCCUACAAGUGUAAUCACUGAAAAAAAAAUCAUUCCCUCUUGUAUCAAUGAAUUAUUUAUAUUCAUACCUCUAUACAUUUAUGUACAUCAUUCCCUAAACACAGUUUGAUCUAUGGUAGGUACUUCUGCAUUUUUUUAACCCGCUAGCUUCCAUAAAACCAUACCAAAAAAGUAAUUUAAGGGGAAACAAGUCCAGGUUAAAUUAAGUCACGAAUUAACAAGGAAACAAUCCAAGUAAAUAUAAGUAAAUAGAAGAUUAAAAAAAUUGAAAAAUUUCUGAAGCACCGGUGCCCUAGCAAAGAAGCUCUGCUCUUUCAGGAUCAAGAAGCUGUGCUUAACCAUGCUGUGCACUACGGGGAAUGUGGAAAAUGAACACACUUGUGAAGAUUUGUUACAGGCUGAGGGCACAUUGCUGCAAACACUGAAUGGAACCACUCCUUACUGUCACCUUGCUCACAGCACACAAUGUCCGUGCACAGCACGGCGCAUACUGCACUGCAGCGAGGGCCUCCCCCGUGGCUGUGAAGUCCCUAUGAAGCACCUGGCGACCUGGCCCUGACUGGGUUAGCUGACAGGCCUCUGCCACCGCCUAUGCGCCAAGCUUCGGGAGCGCGCGAGCCCUGCGAACGCCAGGAGUGAGCCUACGGUGAGACCCGCCAAGGGCGGGCCCCCAGCACCAGCGCUUCAUGGCUCUUUGCAUUAACGCCACGGCCGCUUCGCCAUGCGGCCUUGAGCGCAGCGCGGGCACCGCCCGCCGAGCCGCCACAGCGGGACCCGCCCGAACAGGGCCCGCACCGCCCCUGCUAGGCUUGAUCACCGCCCCGCCGCGGCCGGGGGCGGAGCGGGGCCGGGCCAGACCGGGGGCAGAGCGGGGCUGGGUUGCAUCCCGAGGCGUGUUCCUGGAGCGCGGGACGGCUGAGGGUGACAAAACACAGAACGACCUCAGGAUGUCUGUAAUUCAGCAAGGGACAGCAACACUUCGGAAAGCAAAGAAAACCACUGUAAAAACAUGUCUAGAUAACCCCUUUGUUUUCCAGUGGAAAACCAUAGAUGGAGAAGAUAUGCAUUUUAUACUAGAGACCUUAGAAGAAAGGAUUAAACACAUUGGACUUAAAAAGAUUGAGAGUCCAAGAAAGAAAAAACGUUCCCUUACAAAAAAACAAACAGAAAGAAAGUGUGAUGCUGGCACCAAUGAUUUCCCUAAAGAGGAAGCAGAAAGCCACCAACAAAAACCAGGAUGGACUGACAUAAGUAUCAGAAGACAGCUUGCCAUUGGAGUUAAUGAAGUUACAAAAGCAUUGGAAAAAAAUGAACUUCUUCUCUUGCUGGUGUGCAAGUCUGCCAAACCUGCCAUGAUCACGUCGCACCUGAUCGAGCUGAGCGCGAGCCGCGCCACGCCGGCAGGGCAGGUGCCACGGCUCAGCGAGACCGUCGCGCCCCUUCUUGGCCUGACGUCCAUUUUAGCACUCGGCUUCAAAAAGCACUCUGACAAAUUCACUGAAGCAAUAGCAGCAAUAAUUCCAAAGAUACCGGCUUUGGAAGUGCCGUGGUUUCAGUACAGAACUGAAGAACCCAUGGCUUAUGCAGAUACAGAUUCUUCAGACAAUCUGGAACCCGAAGAGCUUGCAGAGGUGCUGGAGGAUAAGCUCGCAAGUCAGAAGCGGAAGCAUACAGAAAGCAAUUGGCCUGAUCUUUCAAAUGUAAUUUUGCAGCCUUUGAAAAUCAAGAAACUUGUCCCAAAUCCCAAUAAGAUAAAGAAACCACCUCGCAAAAAGAAAAAGGCUUUUUCAGCAUAACUGAGUUUGGUUCUUUCUAUUAAACAGAUUUUUAAAUGCAGGAUGGAGUACAGUUCUAACAGUUCUUCUAGGCUUUACAGUGUAAAAGUCUUGAAUACAAGGUGAACUUGAUGUUGCACUUGAGGUACUUUCUGCUUUAAUAAAAAAUAUUCCUCAGA